AUGUCUACUGUGUGCUCCACAGCAGGGUAAGAUCACGGACGGUUAUAUGUGCGUGAAUUAGUUAAAGGUGAUAGUGGACUUUCGCCGUGUCUACCACAACCUCUACUCCUCCCUCACUUGAACCCGCUGUCAAAACAGAGUCUAGGACACCGGAGACUGGAGGGGUGGACGCAGGUCGCUGGAACGGCGCUAAUUCACUCCUAUAUCCAAUAAAGUUGUCACUCUACAGCAAGGAUAUGCUUUUCUCAGGCGGAGCGAAUUCUAAAUGCGUGCAUGUUCAUCCUGUCUAUUCAACAACCGUUUGUCAGUGCAGAUUAACUUUCGCCCCUAAUUAAUAAGCAAAAUUUCGUCAGUGUUCUCAUAAAGCGAAAACAGUUGGGCAGUUAUUAUUAGUGCUACUCUUCAAUAAGCAAGAAUUUCAAGUUAUCUUUCGGAAGUACAGUGCCACAUGCUGUCGAACGAGGCAUAUAAAACACGCUAUUGUCCACUGUGACAGAGACUCGGACACUGCUGGUCUCGAAAGCGCUGCACCUCGUGUGCUUAAACAACGCGGUUCUAAAAGUAAUAUGUGUGAACAUUGUCUGGGCACUCUCAUUCCGAACAUCUAGCACUGCCCAUUGCUCUUACGCUCCGUAUUUUUCUAUCAUUUACAGUAAGUGUGCUAACUCAUGAAAUGUCGGCCGAAAUUUCGAAAUGCGUUCCAGUUACCUCAGGAUGCCUUUAUUCAAACGAACGUAUUUUCAACUGCAUUUAUGAACUACUAUCUUUAAAAAAUGACUACUUUAGUAGCAUACAUUUUUCUUGCUGAUCUUCGAUGCCCUUAAAACCUCAAUUAUAUAUCGUGAAAAGUGCAUAAAAAUAUUCAAUCUUUUAUUAAUUCGAUAGAAACGUACGUCUUCGUUCAAUUUUCUACUCGAAGGAAGAGUGGGAUCCAGUUUCGAAAAAGUUUUUAAUUGUAAGAUUUUUUAAUAUUUUAAAUGGCCGUUCAUAAAUCGUCAUGUCUGUGCAUUUACCAAUUUUGCUUGUAAAGUUAACAAUAUGGAUCAAAUUCACUGCUAAAUUUUACGAACCCCAUAUAAUCCUUUCUUAUUACCGUAGAGAAAUAAGUAGUUCUCCGUAUGUGGAAAAAUACGGCUUGUAGUUUGUAAACCCAGAAUCCAAGUGUAAAGAAAAGGCGGGUUGAAAGUUAUUUGGAAAUUUGAAAACUUUGUGAAAACCGAAUUAUACCCUUCCUCCAAUUAUAAGGUUAGAUGAAAACGUAAUUUUCUGCCGAAUGAGAAGAAUAAUGGAUAUUUUUAUGCAUGUUUUCAUAAAAUAUAAUUGGGCAUAUAGGGGCAUCGAAAAUCAAUGAAAAAAACUCAUGCUACAUAAGUAGUCAUUUUUUUACAGAGUGCAGUUUUUGCAUGCAGCCGGAAGCAAGUUUAUUCGAAAUCCGGCAUCCUGAGGUAAGUGAAAUGUUACAGAAUUAGGUUGCGGGCUGCCCAGUUUUACAACCCCACAUAAUGAAUAUUUUCGAAGCGAAAAGGCAUUUUGUAAUUUCAGUGGACACCUCAUGAGUUAGCCCACCUACGGUAUAUCCAAUAGAAAUAUCACUCUACAGCAAGGUUACGCUUUUCUCGGGCGAAGCAAGUUUUACAAAUGUACCGCAAUGCGUGCAUGGUCAUCCUGUCUAUUCAACAGCCGUCAGUUAGUUCAGACUAACUUUUGUCUCCAAUUACUUAACAAGUCUCGUCAGUGUUCUCAUAAACCGAAAACAGUUGGGUAGUUAUUUUUAUUGUUAUUUCUAAAUUUGCAAGCAUUUCAAGUGAUCACUCCGAGGUGCAAGUUCAUAUGCUGUCGAACAAGGUAUGUAAAACACGUUAUUUUCUACUGCAGCAGAAUCUCGAACACCGCCAGUCCCCAAAGCACUGCCCCUCGCGCACUUGAACAGCCAGGUUAUAAAAGUACUCUGUCUGAAUUUUGUCUGGGCACUCUCAUUCCGAACACCCAGUAUUGCUGAUUGCUUUAACGCUCCGUAUUUUUCUAUCAUAUAUGUCAUUUUUCCCCGUUAAAUAAGUCUCUUUUCGUACAGGCUUUCAGGCACGACGGUUUAGUUUAUGGCUUCCAAUUCAAAUCGCCUCUAAUUGUCCUCCCUCCCCCCCCCACCCCCAUCGUUUCUUCUUUCCGUGUUAACACGUUGACUGCCUCGGCAGGGCACACCUGCACACACCUGCUUCCCGCAAGCAGCCCACUCUGUGCAGCCUAAUAAAUCUGCACUGCCGCGAAUCAGGGACGUCUACCCUCCGCCCCCCCCCCCUUUCUACCUCGAUUGCGGUCGAACUGUGUGUGAGGAGGCAAGCUGGCUGGACUAAGCAGAUGCGCUAAAGUUGGGGGUAGGUAGGCCAGCAAGCUGGAAGGAAAGUGUGAACGGAGUAGUGGAAGGAGACUGUGGUGAGAGAAGCCCUGAUUGGCGGUUAACGCACAGGUAUAAAAGAAAUUGGGGAAAAGAGUAGGAGGCGGGAGAAAGGAAAGAGAUGAACAUCUGGGAGAGGGAGGGGGAAGAGGGUGGAAAAAUGUGGGAAGAUUAGGAAGGAGUUUCGCAGGGCGCUAAUUCGCGACGUAAUUUGCCACGUGUUUCUGCGCAGAUACCUGGGCGGCUCGAGUCGAACAUCCUCCCAUCUGCCCACGAAGGAAUCCACCACACCCCUCCACCCUUUCACUAAUUUCCGUUCUUUCGGAGUUCUUCCCAGAAACUCCACCGCGACCGUCCUGUUUGCAGUUUGUGCUGGAAAGGCCUGCGCGAUCGAAUUGGUCGCAAAUGCAUCCAGCAGGAUUGAUGGACAGAGAAAAAAACGGAGCAUGCUUUUUGGCCUGAUGGAGUCGCCCAUGGUGUGCAUUUAUGGAUGUGUAAACGGGACUGUUAGUGUUUUUGGAUACAGCCACGUAUGUAUUUGGGUCUUUUAAGGUCGUUAUUUAAAAAGAACAACCCCAUACAUAAGGUAAAGUCACUGGCCAACUCGAUCAAGGGCAGCGAAAAUGCCUCACCCUACCACUUACGUACCUUCUGCUGCAUAAAACGUACACAAUUGCAUUAUGAAAUUUCCAAACUCAAGCGGUCAAAUCAUAGCGCAGAACUAAUUUUUAAGGUCGCUGUAUUGAUUUCUCCGAAUUUGUUUUUGGUUUUUCACACAAAUACUACUGAAGGGCUUUUCAAAAACUUCCCAGAUCGUUAACGAUUUUAGUAGAAUGCGCUUUUAAAUUUAAUAUAAGAGAACGUACAGAGAAGAGUAGCAUUAUGCAUUAUUUUCUGCAUGUUGCCGCGUUCUUGUUUAAAAUGACAUUAAAGGUUUGCAUGUCGCUUGGAAUUCAGAGAUGCGUUAUUUGUCUGCACUCAAAUUUUUGCUGACCUAAAUACGUUUACUUAGAAUACUUCUGGAAAACGUUUUCAGUCUUUUUCGAAAAAAAACAUGCGUCUGGGCCUUACCUUUGUGCCUGCGCUAUCAUUACGGUACACAACGCAGUAUUUGCUAGUUAUGCAUCUUUUUGUCCAAACAUCUCCGAUCUUUUAAAAAAAUAAUACGAAACAGCUCCUGUUUAAUUUACCGGACAAUUAAUUUCCUGCAAAAAAUGCAUUUGAAAGUCUAGCAGCAAUUAAAGAGAAGAUCAAUGAGCGCGUGUAUUGAGAUGCAAAACAUCCUGUGAUCUAAAAGGUUUUGACAAAACAUAAGACUCUGAACCGACCGGGAAAUUUAACGAAUCAGAUGCAUCGGUCUCUGCUAAGUAGGCCCAAGCAGUCGAAAACUAGAAACAACUUUAUCUAAACGAACCGCGAAAUAAUAAAAGGGAAGGGGAUUUGGGUGCGCUGGGAUGAAUCCAAAAUACCGACUUCCGAGUUUUCUUUCAAGAUUAUGUCCACUGCGCAGACCUCGGCGCGCCUUCUGACUCUCUGAAGGCUCAGUAUAUUUUCUUUAUAACCGUUGAUACUAGCAUGCUUUUUUAUCAUCAAAAAUCCGCCAAGAUUGUAAAUCAACUCUCUAUCUACUCAGAAGCUGGACAACUGCAUUUUUGAUUUCAGUAAAAUGAGUUAUUCCACUUUGCAUAACAAACAGAAAAUGUCGUGAAAAAGGAGACACGAUCGUUGGGACAAGAGCUCUAUUCGCCUAGCGUUUCGAAUUCCUGCUCGAACUAAUCAUCAGAGACAAUAGCAGACACGGCUGGUUCAAGCACAAGCGCCUGCAGUAUUUAUAGGAUGCAGUUGCCGUGUUAAAGUGCUCCCUCCCUCACAAGGGAUCAAUGCACUUGAUACGGUGAUUGUUUGAUGGUCGAUAUUCGCGCCGUUAUUCGCUGCAAUUUCAUCAAGUGUGCUGGAUGUUGAUGCGAUGAUUGCUCGGCCAUCUAACCCACUGACCCUGGUGUUGGGAGCAGUGUUCACCUGUGCGCUCCGCGCGUGGAUAAUUACUCCGCCUAGGCAAAGUCAGCAUGGACUAUGCAAAGGGGAAUUUCGUUGCACUUGUUGAUGGACUGUGGACCAGUGAUCCAUGACUCAAGCAGCUCGCGGUUGCCACCUCUAGCAAGAACUUCGGCCUCGUCGAAUUUGAAUGUGUAGCCGGAUCUCAUUGAAUGAGCCGCAGCCUGAGAUCUGGCGUCAUUUCUCCGCACUGCUGCAUCGUUUUCAGCCAUUCGCGUUCGGAGCUGUCUUCCGGUUUCUCCGACGUAGUUGCUUUGUCCGCGACUGCACCAGAUCCGAUAAAAACAGAAAAUGUGCUAAUCUCUAGCAUUCGUUUCUACUAAUAGAUCAUAGUAUAAAUUCGAUCCAGAUAUGACUUUUUGUAAGUCGCAGCAGUAAAUGCAAUUAUGAGUGACAAAGGGUUUUAUAGACACUUGCCAUCUGGUAACAAUCGGGAGAGGGCACCCAAAUAUUCGUUGCCUAUAAAUAAUAUUUGCUAUAUCUAUUUGAGUAGGUUAUGGCCCUAUAUAUUUGUCUUUUCAUCCGACCUCAAUUUUAUCUGAUCUGAAGUGCGCAUGUUGCCUCACUUAGAGCAUCAUAGUCUCCAACAGUUGAGAUGCGACCGCUGCAGACCGGGCCAUAGUUAAUCAAUCUUGACCUAGGCGUACACGGCUGAAGAUUGACAGCAGUAAUGGAGUUGCGGCUAAAUCUACCCUUGAGAGUUGGGAAACGAUUGCUGUGUACUCUCCAUUGGUUUGCCAUCCUUCACAUUCGCAUGCCUAGGUCACGAGCGACGACAAUAAUUCGUUUGCGACUUACUUUAGACCAGCAUAGCUUAGGAAAAUUGGAGAAUGAUCGCUUUAGACCCAUCGUAUGUUUACCAAACUUGACAUUAUCUUCCACAGUUGAAGAUCAAGCGCAGUAGUCGAUAUGCGGCUAAAUCUAUGGUAGCAUACGUUAAAACACUUACGAUUCGAUCGCUGUGGACCGGCCCUUUGGCUUAUCCAUUAUGACCAUUUCUUCAUUAGGUGAGGAAUGACUUCAGUUGUAGGUAGGCGGCUCAAUCUAUGGCGCCAUACCCUUUGAACAGUUUCAAAACGAUCGCCGUAGACCCACCCUACGUUAAACAACUUUAAUUUAAGCUUUCACUGCUGACAAGCGACCGCAAUAACCCCUAUGCGGAGUAUUCUAUAUUAGCUUACCUACGGACAACUGCAAUACGAUCGCCGUUGACCGAGCACUUGGAUUAUCCACUUUUACCAAUACAUCCAGAGAUCUAGGGCUACCGCAGUCGCCAGUGUGCGGCUCAGUCAAUAGCUGCAUAGCUCAGGACAGUUGCGAUAAGAUCGCUGCUUUGGCCAGCAGUAUUUUUUGGGUGCCCUCUCCCGAUUGUUACCUGCCAUCUAACUCAUUUUGCUUCAAGCGUCGGCGUUGAAAGGUAAUGAAAUAUAUGAAAUCAGGAGAUUUGGAAAAGCUUAAUGCUCUGCUAACGCACAGAAACAAGAAUUUGAGAAGCAGAAAAAUCUGUGAAUCUCUCAGCCGAUCUAAUUUGUCCUCUCACGGAUAUAUUUUAAUCGCUGAAUUUCCUCCUCUACUGAUUACUCUUUGACGGCUUUUCUCCUUCUUCUUCUUCUUCUUCUGUCAAACGGAAGCAUUCGAAAAUUGUUUAAACGGUUUUGUGGGACGUUUAGGCUCUUAAGCGUUCCUGGUGCAGUAUUCCGAGUCCUAACGGUUAGAUUGUAGGCAUUUUAUUUCAGUUCUUUCUAAAGUAACCAAAUGCGUCUAUUUGGGAAGUUAUUAGAAACUCCUGCACACAGAUUCGAUCCUUUCAGGGACCUAUGACGGAACUAUGGACAGCAAGCGAGUAGCUUCUUUAAAAUGUCCUCAAUAGUGUAGAAUAAGUGACAUACACUCGUAAUAGUGGCAAUGGGAUUGGCUGAAUUAUAUGAAACCAUGAAUUACAAAACUUGAAAAAGAACAGAUCCGAAAAUUAGCAAUUGAUUGUUAAGCCCACUGUAUUUGUCGGGAAUGAAUCGCAUAUUUAUUAUUUCAGCCUCUUUCGUUUCUUUAGAGAUGUUGUCACAUUUGAAAGCCUAGGAAAUCAAUAACUACUCCAUUAGCUAUUGUAUUCUACUGCAAAUUUUUCACAGAUAUGUAAUAUUACAUUCUAUUGCACAGCCAAAGCGCUUUCCAGAACUGUCAUUUCUCUUGAAUUUUUUUAACCAAAAACUCCCUUUUGCAGUCGGCAAACCUUUGCAAAGUGCAUAAUGCAUUCAUGCAGCAGAAAAACAGGGCUCUACGCCCAAAACGCUGUUGGCAUAAUGGCUGCGCAAAAAACCAUAUUCACACCGUCAGCCAGAUAAUAGUUGAGCUUAUGUCGGCAAGUGCAUUCACCCUCUGCGUCUGCUUUUAGCGCUGUCGAUUUGCAGCCUAUUUUUCGCAAUACCUGCCCAGAGACGGAAGAUGAUUAACUUUAGUUUGUUUACCAAUCCGUUUCCAUCUCCUGAUCAGAAUUAUUCUGCAAGCCUAUUUGCCUCACGUACUUUCGUGUGACGGAAAGUGUAUGUGGAAACACUUGAAAAUAUUAAAAUUUAAAGGAUUAAGAGAGACUGAACAAUUUCACUGGUCACUAGCAACGAUCUAUGGUUUUUAUUCGGACUUCAGCGGCGAAUCAACGUUCGACCCCAUUCGCUGUUGAUUUCGGAUCAGCGGAGUUACACUUGGCGCAAAACGAAAUGCAACAGCUGGUCCUUUCAAUUAUUGUAAUUGAUGCAAAGUCUAAAGCAAACACCAUCCCCAAAAUGUUUUUAUCAGUCCCGUGUUUUGACAGGGCAUUCAAAAUAAAGAAACACCACGAGCGAUUACCACUGAAACGGCGUAUGUUGCAUUGCCAAGACGAUACUUUAAAAGACGUCCUUUUGGCAACCCAAUCUUCAGUAAAAUUCAUUUACUCUAAGCAGAUUGUCAAGUCACAGUUCGACUGUCUGUCGGACGUUGUUUACCUUUCGUUCCAGGGCUAAAUAAAGCAGGCACAAUGACCUGCGCGUUGUUUGGCUUAUAGUGAUGGUAGACUUGCACAGCAUCUACCGCACUCCCUCCCCCGCGUGAACCGGGUGUCAAGACAUAGUCAAGAAGACCGGAGGCGGGAGAGGGCGCAGGUGGCUGGCACAGCUGAACCCUCAUCUAGGCGUGUCGCCACACAAUCUGGUCUGGUCGGAGAAUCGUCUUGAACGCGCCAAAGUCCUUUAGCUCCUGAAUUUCUGUCUCAGGACCUACUUCACGUUCGACGGGACAAUCUACGAACAGGUGAAGGACACACCAAUGGGUUCGCCGAUUUCGGGGUUCAUCGCCGAGGCGGUCCUGCAACGGUUAGAGUCGCUGGUCUUCCAACACCACAAACCGAAGUUCUGGGCCCGGUAUGUGGAUGACACCUUCGUCGUUAUCGAUCGGGAUCAACUGCCGACAUUCAAGGAACGUCUGAAUGCGGUCUUCCCGGACAUACAAUUUACGAUGGAGGAGGAAGAGAACAACCAGCUGGCCUUCCUGGAUGUCCUCGUAUGCCGCAAAGAUUGUGGUGGACUAAAGACCAAAAUGUUCAGGAAAGCUGAAAUACGAUGCAACUACUGA